AUGAGCAAGGUUAGUAUGGCUAGACAGGCUGUUGAGAAGCAAGUCGACGAUGCGUUGCGGGCUGUUGUGAAAAUGGAUGCAUCCCUUAAGAUGGAUUUGAAGAAAGUGAAACAGAAGAUUAAAUUGGGGAUGCAGAAUGUGAUUAACAACUUAGGGGUUUUGAAGUUGUAUCAGAAAGUGAAAGGGGAUUUGAAGGCGUUGAGGCAAAAGAUUUUGGAGCUUACAACUAAAGUGGAUGCUGGUGAUAGUAUUGUUAAAACUGAGUUGGCAGCGCUUGGGAGGGCGAAGGGAACUCUUGAAAAUGUUACUGGUAAUCCAAAUGGUUCAAUUUAUAAGGCGAUGGUAGGCAUGGAUCAUUUGUUUGAACAGAAGAUCAAGAUCCCGCUUAACACUAAAGUCGAAGCAGUUUACUCGACGAUUGGGACGCUUGGCGGGAAGUUUAAAAAUGGAACUACGCCGAACAGUAUUCAAGGAAUUUUUGAAAUUAUUAAAGAUAGGGUUGGGGAGAUUAAGGGGCAGGAAGGUAGAGGUUGGAAAAAUGACGAUGGCAAAGGCCUGGAAGGAAUUAAGUCCAAGGUGGAAGAUUAUUUCAAUGCGUUCAACGGGGAACAUAAAUUUGGACAAAUAGCCGGCGGUUGGAUCGAUGACAUUCUGCAGCACAACGGUGUGGUCAAAAAGCUGCUUGGCUGGGAGCGUAAGGGGGCGCAGGCGCUUGAGGAGGAGCUGAAAAACAGUGGUCUCGGAGGCUUAAUUAAGUCUCCGAUUAAUUCCAAAAUUGACAUGGCAGUCGCUAAUGCAGCUUUCACUACUGGCCAAUCCACCGCCGGCAUGAAAGAGAAAAUCGCACAGGUCAAAAAUGUCUGCGAACUGUUUGCCAGGACACUUGAGGAUGAGCUUAGGAAGGAUCUUCAAAGUGGCGUCCUUGCGAUGGCCAAGCAGGCUAAGAAGACGAUGGUGGAAGUCGACGAACGGGGCAGCCAAAAAAGUCACUUAAAAGGCAUCUUAGCAGACGCAAAAUGCGAAUGUUAUUGCAGACCGUACUGCGGAAAUAAAGAUUGCCAAAGCUGCCAGAAAGCAGAAUGCAUCGUCACCAAAGCCAUCGCCACCACGCUCCUCGUCGUGUCCUCGGUGGGACGGCAGGUGGGUAAGGAGCUGAAUUCGGUGUUCCUCAACAUUGACGAAAAGAAAGGCAACGGACAACCCAGUGAAGGUAGCAUCGCAAACAUCUUGGACAAGAUCACGCCGAUUGUAGAUGGGCUUAAAAAGAAUUUGGACGAUGCGACUGAAAUACCACAACCCCCGAAGUCACCCGGCCAAACUGAUAGCCCCGCCCAAGCCGUGGACAGUAAGUUGCAGGCGGUGAGGGAUGAGGUUAAGGGGCUUGAAGGCAAAUUCACUGAAGUCAAGAAAGAUCUUCAAGAAGCAGUCAACAAGCUUCCCAACGCCGUUGACACUUUCAACACUGAAGCUCAAACACAGAUCAGGGAAGCGGCCAGGAUGGCGAUUGGGAAGGCGGCUGAGCAGAUUAGUAAGGAUGGUAAAAAAAUAACGCUUGGUCAGAAUGGUCUCAUGAAAACAUUUAAGGAUGCUCACGAUAAUAUCACUGAUCCCGAUACUGGCCUCCAACCAUCACUUGAAGGUCUACUUGAUACGCACAUUGGAAAGGAUAAUCCGACAGGUCGUCCUCCAGGUAAAGCUACUAAGGUCACCAUUGAUAAAAAGAGUUUUAUCGAAUAUGAUAAGCACGUUAAACAAGAUUCAGAUGGCCUUAAGAACAAAACUCUAACCGGUGAUUCAGGCGAAGGCUUCCUUCCAGCGGCGAUCGGGAAGAUUAGAGAUGAGGGUCUGAACCCUUUCACUGAGAAUGGUGUCAACAGUAUACUAAACGCAGGUGAUAAAACCUUCACCGGUCCGUUCACCCGAAUUCAGAAGGAGCUUGAAGAGAUCAAGAAAUUGGUUGAUGAGAGGAAUGGCACCAAUUCAUUCCUAUAUGAUGACAUGGACAAAGGUGUCAAGGAUUUUUUAUGUGAUUUGAAAAGCAUGCUGAAUAAACGAUCCUGGGCUCAUGGAGUCAAAGGACUCGAUGCAAUUAAAACGGCGAUCGACGGUCUGCACAACGGUGAUUUUAAAACUCGGCCCGCUGCAAUCGAGGAAGCCGUCAAGGCAAUUAGGCAGCAGCUUCAAGAGCUUAGGGAGAAGUUGAAGAAUGAGAACGGCGAUAAAGAUGAUGUAAUUGAAAGGUUGACAGAUUUGAAAGAGAAAGGUCUUGUGAAUGGUGACUGGCCAGUCAACGGUAAAUCUCUCAGUGGCCUUGGGAGAAUUCAUGGCGACCUUAAAGCGCAGAAUGAUAUAUUGGCCAAGCAACCAGGUAUAAUUACUGCGGCCAUCGACCAAAUUAGAGGGGAACUUUUUAGGAUUGGUCUUAAGUUUCAGAAUAUCUUCAAUCCAUAUGACAUCUUCGAUGAGUUGCGGUCGUUGCAGAGAAAAAUCGGGAAGACAGGUAACCAUAAAGACAGCGUAAAUCCCGUAAAAAUUCAAGGUGUAAUUAGUGGCCUGCAAAAAGAGCAAUUUACCAAUAAACCCACUGAAAUCGACAACGCCAAGAAAGAAAUUGUAGAUGAACUCAAAGACCUUCAAAAUGAGUUGCAAGGCAAUCCAGGCAGUGAUGUCAUUGCAACACUGAAGGAUUUGCAGAACAAGGGGCUCGGUCCCUAUGCACUCUGGACACCUAACUACAAGGAUGCUAAGGGACUCAAAAAUAUCCAAAAGGAUCUUAAAAUUUCACAUGCUGUAUUGACCAAGCAACCCGAAAAAAUCGGCGGUGGCGUCACCGAAAUCACCAAGGAACUUGACAGCCUUAGAGGGACGUUGAAAACUGAAGUCACCGAGAAGCUCAAGGUGAAUGACAGUGGUCUUGAAAAAGGUGAUACACCGUGGACAAUUGACAGUCAGCAGACCAAAGGCCUCAGUAAAAUCACCGCAGGCAUCGUGACUAUAAAGGACAAGGACGUUACAGACGUGAAGGACAAACUCAAGGAGCUGUGCUGUGCUAUCAGAAAUGCCGCCGUAAACGUCGGAGCGAGUCGGCAUGAUCUGAAUAAUGAGAGCAUCGACGAUACGAUCAUGAAAAGGUGCAUUGACAGCCUAUAA